AUGUCUUCGCGAAUCUUGAAGACCUUCGGUGCCUUGGGCAUCCUUGCUCAAGCGGUCAACGGAUUAUCCCUUCCACCACUCAUUCCAUCAAUCCCAGGUGUGACGGAACCUUUGGCCAGCAACGCACCGCCAUUGCCUGUAUUGCAGCUACCUACGCCUCCUCUAGAGAGCCCACCCUUCACUCCAAGCAAUAUCAAGCCCAAGAAGAUCGGUUACUUCUGGACUGGAGCUGGCGACAACAUUCAUGCAGACUUCUUGGCGACUUACAGCUUGGAUGAUGAUACCUUCGGAACCCUCCUUUGGAUUACCGAUGUACCAACCAGUGGAAACAGCCCUCAUCACUUGGGCUCGUCAUUGGAUGGUAAAACUCUAGUUGGAGGUGGUCUUCUGUCUCUCCUCAAGACGCAAGAUACAGCAUACUACUUUGAUACGACCAACCCCUACCAGCCAACAUUCAAGAAGAGCAACCGUGGUGUCCUUUCAUCCAUCACUGAUGAGAUCCGUGCCAAGCCUGAUGGUGGCUUCUUCAUCACUUAUAUGGGCUCUGCUGUUGGAACUUCUCCCGGCCGAUUGGUCGAGACCGAUGCUGAUUUCAACAUCAUCGAAGAGUGGCCCAAACUGACCGAUGUGUCAAGCACUCUCAACAUCCUCGGAGAGCAGCACUCUCCUCAUGGCCUCUCAGUUGACUGGGACCGAAACGUGAUUCUGACCUCGGAUUUCGUUGUUCCCCUGUCCAUCUUGAAGCCGACUCUUGGUAUCCAACGCGCAAACACACUGCGUCUGUGGGAUCUUCCAACACGCUCCAUCAUCAGCACCAUUACAAUUCCAGAUGGCCAAGGUAUCCAGGAUGUCAAGUUCAUCCCUGGCAACCCCGAAGGAGCUGCUUUGGCUACUGCCGUUCACCUCGGUCAAGUCUGGAUCAUCUACCCUCACCGCAAGGACUCCAAUGGAAACCAGGGUGUUGCAGAGCUCUUGUACGACCUCGGCGAGAAGGCUCGUGACGUGAUUGCCAUAUACUCCGAUAUUUCUCAAGACGGUCGAUUCGCGUACUUCACACUGACCACGGCCGACCACAUUGCCGCCCUGGAUAUCAGCGAUCUCAGCAAUGUCAAGCGUCUGGACGACCCCGACGAGGUCCAGCCAACCAUCGGCCCUCACUACAUCAAGAUCACCCCCGACCAGAAGCACAUCGUCGUCACCGACUACUUCGUGCAGACUGGGGAUAUUGGUAUCGUCAACACUCCCGCCGACUUCAAGGCUCUCUACAUCGACAUCUUGGAUGACGGGUCCCUGAGCUUCAACCGCAGCAUCGACUUCCAGCGCGAGUUCGCUAAUCGUGGAGGAGCCAAGCCCCACUCCGCUGUGGUAUUUGACUUUACCGAUCCGGAGAACCCUUAUUAUUACUAG